UAACUGAUAAAGAUAAAGAGUUAAUUAUUAACAGAUCCUUUGAAUGAUCAUUGGUGGAAUUUUUAUAAAUAUGCAGUUAAAUGUAUAAGAAAAAUUUUUUGAAUUUAACAAUUUUCAAGGUUAACCAAAGAUAACAAAUGUCGAAAACUGGACUAGAGGGAAAUUUGUUUGAUGCUGUGAGGCAACUAGCAGAGAGUGAAAUUCAACUUAUUAAAGCUAUUGAGGAAUCUACCAUGGAUUGUCAAAGAAAUACUACGGAUAUGAAAUCUACAACAAAAAAAAAGAAUACCAAAAAAUCAUCUAAACUUUCAAAUGUUCGACCGUCUGCCGCUUUAUUGGCAGCAAAACAAGAGGCAGUACAGCGCAAAAUAUUACAAAAUAAAAAGUCUAACACAAACUUUGUAUACGACAUUUAUCAAAAGAUAAGAGAUGCAUAUAGUAUUGUGCAUAAGGAAACUGGUAUUGUUUAUGAUCAUUCUAUGGAGGAACAUAAAUGUUUGUGGGAUGAGAAUUAUCCUGAAUGUCCAAAUAGAUUAAUAAGGAUCUUAGAAAGAUGUAAAGAGUUAGAAUUAUUGAAUAGAUGUAAAUUAAUUUCAACCAGAUAUUGUACAGAAAAUGACAUACUUCAAAUGCACAGCCAAAAACAAAUAGAUAUAUUAAAAUCAACCAGUGGAUGUAUGGAUUUGGACAAAUUGGAAACAUUGUCUUCUAAAUAUGAUGCUAUAUAUAUACAUCCAUCCACUUAUAAAUUAUCUUUAUUGGCUGUAAGUUCAACAAUAAGUUUGGUAGAAAGUAUUUGUAAAGGAGAUAUACAAAAUGGCAUGGCCAUUAUCAGACCACCUGGACAUCAUGCAAUGAAAUCUGAAUAUUGUGGAUAUUGUUUUUAUAAUAACGUGGCUAUUGCAGCAAAAAAAGCUUUAAAUGAUAAUUUAGCAAAUAAAAUUCUUAUUGUUGAUUGGGAUGUACAUCAUGGACAAGCUACUCAACAAAUGUUUUAUGAUGAUUCACGUGUAGUUUAUUUUUCAAUACAUCGUUAUGAAAAUGGAACAUUCUGGCCUAAUUUAGAAGAAUCUGAUUUUCAUUACAUUGGUAAAGGUUUGGGAGAAGGUUAUAAUUUUAAUAUACCACUUAACAAAACUGGUAUGACAAAUGCUGAUUAUAUUGCAAUAUUUCAACAAGUUUUAUUACCAAUGGCUUAUGAGUUUCAACCUGAUCUCAUAAUAGUCUCAGCUGGUUAUGAUGCAGCAUUGGGAUGCCCAGAGGGUGAAAUGGAAAUAACACCUGCAUGUUAUGCACAUCUAUUGUCAUCUCUAUUGAGUUUGGCAGCUGGAAAGGUAGCUGUAGUAUUGGAGGGUGGUUAUUGUUUAAAGUCAUUGGCUGAAAGUGCUGCACUAACUUUGCGAACAUUAUUAGGUGAUCCAUGUCCUAUGUUGCAAACAUUACAAUUACCAUCAUUAAGUAUACGAGACACGAUUUUAAAUACUAUCUACAUUCAUAAACAGUUUUGGAAAUGUUAUCAAUAUCAAGAACAAUAUAGUAUUAAUAAUAGAAUUGACAGAAAAGAAGAAAAUAAUGAUCAACAUUUGCCUGUUGUUAAUUACAAGGGAGAAGUAUAUAAGCCAGAUAUUUAUGAAACAAGAAAUUGUUAUCCUGUACAAAGUAAAAAUACUCUUGAAGCAUUAGAUAAAAAAUUAGAUUCAUUGAUAAAAUUUACAAAUUUAUCCAAAGCACCUAACAAAGUAUGUAUUGUAUAUGACAAUAGGAUGUUGAAACAUUGCGAUACUAUUAAUAACACACAUCCAGAAAAGCCAAAUCGAAUUUUAAGCAUUUAUAAAAAACAUGAAGAACAUGGUUUAUUAGAGCGGUGCUAUUUACAACAAGGAAGAGUGGCAACAGAGGAAGAAAUAUUAUUAGCUCAUUCACAAGAUUACAUUCAUGCAAUAAAAAAGACAGAAUCAUUUAAAACCAAAGAUUUGGAAAGGCAAGCAUUAAAAUAUAAUUCUGUUUAUUUGCAUAAUGAAACAUGGUUUUCUGCUUGUGUAUCUGUUGGCUCAUUACUUCAAAUUGUGGACAAUGUAUUAAAUGGACAAGCACAAUCUGGAGUUGCAGUAAUAAGACCUCCAGGACAUCAUGCAGAACCAAAUCUAGCAUGUGGUUUUUGUAUUUUUAAUAAUGUUGCAGUAGCAGCAAAAUAUGCUCUAAAUAUUCAUAAUGUAAAGAGGAUAUUAAUAGUAGAUUGGGAUGUACAUCAUGGAAAUGGAACUCAAUCUAUUUUUGAAAAUGAUCCAAAUGUACUUUAUAUAUCCAUUCAUCGUUAUGACAAUGGAAGUUUUUUCCCACAUUCUAAAUACGGCAAUUAUACUUCUGUUGGGUCAGGGUUAGGAGAAGGUUAUUGUAUAAAUAUACCAUGGAACAAAAAAGGAAUGGGAAAUGCAGAAUAUAUAGCUGCAUUUCAACAAGUUGUUAUGCCAAUUGCUUAUCAAUUCAAUCCAGAUUUAGUUCUAGUCUCUGCAGGCUUUGAUGCUUGUAUUGGAGAUCCACUAGGGGGAUGUACAGUAACUCCAGAAAUGUAUGGACAUUUAACACAUUGGUUAUCUUCUUUGGCAAAUGGACGUAUCAUCCUUAGUCUGGAGGGAGGUUAUAAUAUAAAUUCAAUUUCUCAUUCAAUGGCGAUAUGUACAAAAGCGUUACUUGGUGACCCAUUACCCUUGCUAGAUGCUUCGUUAAUACCAUGUUCAAGUGCAAUACAUUCUAUAAAUAAUGUGUUAAAAACGCAAAAAAAAUAUUGGCCCAAUUUAAUGUUCAAUUUAUCAUUGCCAAAAGAAAAUCUCACGAAAAUUGCUACUUAUAAAAAGAUGAAUGAGCAAGUUAGAAAUUCUAAAUUUAAUGAACAUUCAGAAUCCAAAAUUGCUUUAGAGGGCAUUGAAAAUGAAAAAUUGGAUAUUAAACUUUCUUUUAAUAAAAAUAGUAUGAAUUUAGUAACGGAUGAAGAGAUAUUGAAACUUCAAAAUGAGAUAGAAAAUAUAAAAAUUAAGAAUUCAAAAACUAUGAAGGAAAUAACGACUACAGAAAUAGCUAGAACAUGUGUAAAUAAGGAUCAACAAAAAGAGAGACAGAGAAGAGAGACUGCAGGAAGUUCUAACAAUGCAAGUAGUAGUAAUGAUUUUGGAGAGAAUAGAGGAAUUUAUGAUGGAGCUGCAGCAACAAGUUUAACCGAUUAUCUCUCUGAUAAUCUGCAGGCAUUAAUAGCUGGAGAAAUGUUUGCUGUUAUACCAUUGCGCGAUUGUCCACAUCUAGAUACUGUUAAUGAUGUACCAUCUCGUGGUAUUGAUGUACAUUUACCAUGUUUGGAAUGUGGUAGCAAUGUAGAAAAUUGGAUUUGUCUACAAUGUUACACCGUACAUUGUGCAAGAAAUAUCAAUCAACAUGCAUUAUUACAUGCUGAUGAAACUCAACAUCCUUUGACUCUAAGUUUUAGUGAUUUAUCAGUUUGGUGUUACGGAUGUGAAGCUUAUAUUGACAAUCCGAGAUUAUAUGCGGCUCGGAAUGCAGCACAUCAAAGUAAAUUUAAUCAAGAUUCACCAUGGACUUAUGAGGGACAAUGAAUUAGUGCCAUAUUUUGGUUAUGAUUACGUGUAGCUGAUAUUGAUAAAAUUAGAAAUUUAUUGGAAUGUUAUUAUUUAGUAUUUUUACAUAUUAUUUUUACUAAAUUCUAAAUAAUCUGUCUUUACUAAAUUUUUAACAAAAAUUGCUAUUCUUUUACAAAAUAAUCUAUAUAUAAUUAGGAAUAGAAAAACGAAUAUAUAUGAAA